AUGACUACCAAGUCCAUUCCUAUAAGAAAUCGAUCAAAUCCGUCAGCAUUGCGCAUACGCAAUGCUGACGCAUUCCAUCACUUCCAAUUUCACAUCUUGCAAAAGAGCAAAAGGAUCGCUGGAAGAGCAAGAAAAUUCUUCGUCAUGCCUGUAGUCAGUGUCAGUACGCCAGAAGAAUUCAAUGAUAUUCUUCAGGAAGUCGGAAGUGCACUAACUGUGGUUCACUUUUGGGCGACAUGGGCCGCGCAAUGCUUGCAAAUGAAUGUUGUCUUAGACGAACUUGCCAACAAAUACCUCAAUAUCAAAUUUGUCAAGAUUGAAGCAGAAUCUAUGCCCGAAAUAUCACUUCAAUAUAAUAUUGCUGCUGUACCGACGUUCAUCUUGAUGAAGGCUGCCAAAGAAAUUGACAGAAUUAAUGGCGCUAAUACCAGUUUACUAGUUACAAAAGUUGGACAACAUACAAAUACUACUGUGCCGGUAUCCUUGGAUUCUAUCCAAACACCUCAAGAAACUAAAGAAGAAGUGAACUCUAGAAUUAAAAAACUGCUAAACAGUCAUAAAUGCAUGUUAUUUAUGAAAGGAGUCCCAGACGAGCCCAAAUGUGGAUUUAGCCGUCAAUUGAUAAACAUAUUAAAUGACCACAAUGUCGAUUAUGGUUACUUUAAUAUCCUGAGUGACAAUGAAAUUAGGCAAGGUUUAAAGAAAUACUCAGAUUGGCCUACGUAUCCUCAGCUUUAUGUUGAUGGUGAAAUGCUAGGUGGUUUAGAUAUUGUAAAGGACAUGAUAGAAAGUGGAGAUUUUGCGUCAAUGGUACCUAAGAAACAGAAUGUAAAUGAGAGAAUCGAAAAAUUGUUAAAAUCGUCCAAAGUCCUCCUUUUCAUGAAGGGAUCGCCAGAUACACCGAAAUGUGGCUUCAGUAAGCGUACCUGUGAAAUUUUGAAUGAAACUGGGGUAGCAUAUGCGACUUUCGAUAUCCUGGCUGAUCAAGAGGUUCGUGCUGGCUUAAAAAAGUACUCAGAUUGGCCUACAUACCCUCAAUUAUAUGUUGAUGGUCAAUUCAUUGGUGGUCUCGAUAUCAUUGAAGAAAUGUAUGAAUCGAACGAAUUGAUCACCUGCUUGAAAGGAGAAUAA